AUGGCAUUCAUCUCAAGCUCUUUUUUCGACGGCCGGCACAUGUACUCCCGACUUCGGAGCCUAGUCACUUCGCUCGGAGCCAUAGUCGGUCCGAACCUCAACGGGUUCAUCGGAGCUGCAGGUGGGCUCAGCGGCCUCGCGCAGCAGGUGACGGACUGCGCGGUGCUGGAGUUGGGCGCUCAGUGGGCUCCCGCCGCCCUGGUGCUGGUCUGGGUCUUCGGCUUCCUGUGGGGAGGUGGCGGGACCUGGCAGGCCCGCAUCGUCGUUGGCCCAGCCACGCGGGAGGAGCUCAGCGACAUCAUGGAGAUAGAGGCGAGCGCUCAGCAGGAGUCAGACGGCAAGAUCUGGUACCUCCUGAGCCCGGACCUCGACGUCUACCCCGUGCUGGUGGACGCCCCGGACCUGCGCGGCUACGAGAUUCUGGACAACGACGGGAGCGUGCUGUUGAGGUCUGGGCUCCGCCGGGGCGGGAGACCGGCGUGCGGCUCCGAGUGGGUGCCCACCGCGCGCGAGCUGGUGGACGCGAUGGAGGCGGUGUCCCCGCAGCGCCAGCCCGAGCGCAGGAUGACGAAGAAGGGUCCGCUUCUUCCGACGGAGGCAGCAGCGCAGACACCUACGGAUUUGGUGAAUAUAGUGACUGGGAGUGAACGGCUCCCCGACGUGAAGCCGCUGCGCUGGUACGUCACGGCCGGGCCCAACAAGUCUGAGAUCGACGGCCUCUUCCCCCGCGCCACGGUGGACGAGUUCGCGCGCUCGGACGACGUGGCCAUCGCCGUGGUCGGCACUGGCGUGUACACCCUCAGGGCCCUCGACCCGAAGGACGGCGUUGCGCAGGUGAUCCGCGACGAUCGCCUGCUGGCGAUGGCGAAGGACAGCAGCGGGAUUCGCAAGAAGCUGUUCAGGGACGCUGUGCAGGAGGUCACGGAGAGCCCGUGGCCGGGGUGGCCGCUCCUGGGCCCGCGGACGGCGGCCUGGUGCGUCCGCUUCAACGCGGAGCAGGACAGCCACCCCCGGGCCCGCCACACCAAGUGGCUGCACGAGACAGGGCUCACACAGGCGGACCUGGGGGUGGCUGAUCACGAAGUUGCCAUGCGGGCCUUCGAGUUCGGGCUCGUGUACGAUCAGGUGAACGUGGGAGAGCUUGUAAGCUUCGAGCUCCUGGCCCGGCGGGCGCAGAUGGCGGAGUGGCGCUACCGCGACCGCCUAGCGCCCCGCCGGGCCGACGAGACAGCGGAGGACGAGCAUCUCUAUAUGGGCACGGGAGAGACGAGGGGCCUCAUCAUGAUGGCCCCUUUCUUGGUGGAGCACAUUUCUACGGAGCUGCACCGGGAGAGCCAGGUGAUGAAGGAGAAGAGGAAGUUGAGGGAGGAGCGCCAGCUCGCGAAGGGCACGGGCGCCGACGGCGACAUGAAGGACGCCCUUCGCAAGAAGGUCGAGAGUCAGGCUGCGGAGCUUCGCCGGCUUCAGCAGCAAGGGGGCAAGGGGGGCCCCGCCGGCGGCCGCGACACCGGCGGCCGCGGCGCCAACAAGCCCGGCUACUCUUCGAUGCCGGUGAAGCCCGCCGCCUUCCAGCGUGACCUCGUCGCGCUGCCCUCGCCCGGCGCCAAGUGCGACGGCGCCAGCAUCUUGCAGGGCGAGGUCCCCGCCGUGAAGCCCCACUGCGACGCGAAGCUGAUGCAGAGCAAGUCCAGCUACGCCUCUUUCGUCGCCGACUUGUACGACGCCGGGCUGGUGAAGUUCGGCUCAUUACGUGAAUCUACUCUCGGUAUAUUUUUCGUCCCCAAGUCUGAUGGGAAGUUGCGGCUCAUCUUUGACACGCGCUGUGUCAACCAGCUCUUCGAGCCUCCUGCGCACGCGGCGCUGCCUACGGCCGGCUGCUGGAAGGGGCUACUCUUGGAGCCGAAUGACGAGCUGUGCCUCUCGCAAGUUGACGUGGAGCGGGCGACUCCCUCCCUGGUCGGCCAGACCGCUGCCGCGGUAUAUGUCGACGGAGUCGCAGUGAUUGGCACGCAGAGCGCGCAGACCGUGCAGGACUGUCGUGCGAUCGCCGAAGCCCUCCUCGCAGUGGGCCUGGUCACGAAGGACAUGGAGCUGCCACAGGACGAGCAGCCGUUCACCGGGCUCAUCUUCGAGAAGGGGUCCGGUCGGAUUUCCCUCUCGCGCAGCCGGAUCUGGAGGAUCCGACGAGCUUUCCAGUACGCCGCAGAGGCCGACAAGCUCACCGGCGUGCAGAUGCGCAUGCUCCUGGGGCACUAUACCUGGGCAGCCAUGCUGAGGCGGCCACUGCUGUCCGUCUUCGCCGCCUGCUACUCUUUCGCGGAGAAGGCCGGGGACAUGGCGUGGCGGCCUUGGGCUACUGUACGCCACGAGCUCAGGCUGAGCGCGGCACUGGUGGCGAUGGCCUUCGUGGAUUUGCGCCGGCCUGUCGCCGCCGCUGUCCUGGCUACCGACGCCUCGGGCGGCGCCCGGCAGGUCCGCAGUGUUGACCCAGACCUGUCGCCGCCGGGGCUUGAGCCGGCCGCCGCAUGCGACUAUGGGGGCUUCGGCGUUGUCAGUCGCGAAGUCUCGCGCUGUGCCGUGGCCGCCGCUCGUCAGCUCAGCGAGAAGUGGAGAUCUUCGGUGCCGUCGCUUAACCUCGUGCUUCGUCGGCUUGCUGCGAUCUCCAUCAUUGCCAACAUCGAUAUCACAGUGCGGUGGAUCCCUUCAGAGUUGAACCCAGCAGACGCUCCGUCGAGACUCCCUGCAGCCCGGGCUCAGGACGCCCGACUUGACCUCCGCUCCUUCGGAGGCCGCUCUGCACCGGAGCCCGACGAUGACUCGCUAUGGCGAGCCGCUGCGGAGGAGCUCGCCGCGGAAGGGCGCCCGCGGCGGCGCGACCCAGGCCUCGCCGGCCUCGGCGACGCCGCGGCGCCCGCGGCACUGGCCGGGGGCUUCGGGCUCCGCCGGGGGGGCGUCGGCGUGCAGCCGGACGACUCCUCGGACAGCGACUCGGAGUCGGAGCCCGCGGCCAGCUCGACCAGCUCCAGCCCCAGCGGAGCGGGCCACGGCGAGGAGAGCGAGCCGACCAGGACCGCGCUCACGUACCUGCAGGCGCGCAAGAUCAGGGCCUCGUCCAACGUGCACUUCGUGACCUCGUACCGGAAUUUCGACAUCUGGUGCCAGGCGCACGCCGUGCCGGUUCAGACCGCCAGCGAGAUCGACAGGGCCAUCAGCGAGUACAUGGACGUGCUCUACUUCGACGGGAUGCCGUCGGACGUCGCGUCGAAGACGAUCGCGGCCGUCCGGCACUUCCGCCCCGCGGCGGUGGGCGAGUCCGAGCUGGCGGCCAGCAGGGCCGCCCUGAAGGGCUUCCGCCUACUCGCCCCGGCCCGCGCGCGCCAGCCGCUGGUCCGCGAGGCGGUCUUCUGCCUGAUAGGCCUGGCGAUGCUGGACGGCGAGUCGGAGUUCGCAGAGGCCCUCAGCUUGGCGUGGGACACCGCCCUCCGCCUACCCAGCGACCUGAUGCAGCUGCGAAGCCCGUCCCUCGUGCCGCCGCAGCCACGCAUGCAGAUCAACGCGUGGAGCCUGCUGCUGCACCCAGAGGAGACCGGCCUGCGCAGCAAAGGGAAGCAGUUCGACGAGGGGGUCCAGCUCACGCCAGCGGGCUCAAAAGCCCUCGGCCCUGUCCUGGCGCGCCUGCGGGAGCGGUUCGGCCAGCUCUUCAGGAAGUACGCGGAGAUGAUCAACCUGAAGGACCCGCACACUUGCCGGGUGCGACACGGCUCGGCGAGCUGGGACAUCGCCAGCGGGACGCGGAGCCUGGAGGCCGUGCAAGCCCGCCUUCGGCACGCCAGCGCGACCAGCACCCAGCGGCACAGCCGAGCAGCUCGGUGCACCGCAGAGCUCGCGCUGGCGCCGGAGUCGGUCAAGACCUUUGGCGCCGCGGUGGCGGACCAGUGGGCGCUGACACUCCGAG